UGUUCCUUCCUCGUUUGUCCUCGUCUCUUUGUGCGCGAUUUUAACCAUGUUCUACAGUGGCUAUUUCUUUUUUGGCCGCUUUGGCAAUUUUUCGGCUUGGCCACAGUCGCCACAGUGGACCUGGCAACCCUGUGCCGCCUGUGCCCGUUCCAUUUGACGAAGAGCGGGACAGCCGAUUGCAGCGGUUGUAGGCGCAGGUUGUAGAUGCCGCGGCCAAAAGAGAAGACCAGGAAGACUCGGAAGCUUAAGCAGACGGACAGAUCGAGCAACAAAAAUGACCUUGCCGGAUAUGGCAGUUCAGAGAUUUUGUGUGGACACUCCAAACCAGUCAGCAUCAGUGGUUUGUCAACAUCGGGUGCUGAUUGUUCGUGGACACGCAGCAACGUGGUGGGGUCCUCCAAGGGAGGUAGAGCCGAGAAAGAGAAUCAACAUUGUGAGAACAUUGCAGAAGACACUUCGUUCAUCUCAGAGACCAGGGCUUCAAGGAGUGAGUUGGAUUUGUCGAAGCAGGUGCUCGAGAUUACUCCAAAGAAAGUUCUUAUAUACAGUAAUGGCCAUGGCAUUGAGUCGCCAGCAAAGAGGCAACAUUUACACAUGCCCAGUCCUCCGAGUUUGAGUCCGCCACGAGUGUGCUCUCCAUCCUCUGCUGUGGCCUCUCCCGAGGUGCCAUUGUCCCCCAUGUCACCCGGGGACUUUUCGUUCAGCGGACAAUCAACUUGCGAUGAUGGAGGUGUUGGGGAACAGGUGUCGGCCAUUGUUGACAAAUUGUCCAGGGGUAAGGUGUUCAAUGAACCAACGGUCGACCAGAACAAGUAUUCGGAUGAGCCAGCGAACCCAAAUGGCCCCCUCAAAGGUAUGAAAGUAUAUGUGGAAGUUCGAUCCGGCACCGAGGACAUCUCGCACUUUGUGGCACCAUUACUGGAGAAGCUGGGUGCCACAGUGCGCAGGACCAUAAGUCCCACAGUGACCCUUGUGGUGUUCAGCAAAGGCCGUGUCUCAACUCGAAACAAGGCCCUUCAAUGGAACAUCCCCCUCGUGAAUAUGCUCUGGGUUGAAGAGUGCCUUGCCCAUUGUAAGUUGGCUCCACCAGAAAAGUUCCCAGCGAAUAUUCCCGAUGCCUACGCCUGUCCUAUCCUGAGCAAAAAGAUUAGGAAACCCAAGUCUUGGCUGACCAAGAAGCCUGUCUACAGUAUUAGAAGGGCCAAGAAAGGCUCCCCAGCCUGUCAGCAGCAGGAUAGUCCGGUCACUCCCCCAGCUAUGAGUCCAGGGAGUCUGUCAACACCACUUGUUCAGACUUCACCAAGGAAUGCCUCACAUCAGCUGUUGACUACUCCAUCUAAGUUCACAGUUUCUAGCACUAAGGUGUGGCAGGCAAAGACGUCAUCGCUGCGCUCACCUUUGUCCGAGCGUUCCAUGCGCACCAACCUCCUCAAGUUUCGGGCGGAAAGUGCUCGUAAGCUGGCAAACCUCAAGGCCACCUCUGUGGAUGUAUGUCCAUUAAGCGUGAAUGAAGAUGGAAAUGAGAGUGGCAGCAAGGAUGACGGCCCAGCAGCAGUGGAUGCAAACCAAGGUCGCAAACGGAGGCUGUUUGUUCCUGUAAACAAGGGACCUAGCACAUCACCUGAGCCUUUGAUUGUCGCCAAGAAACCUGAAAAUUAUCCUGACGAUGACUCCGAUGAGGAGCUCAGUCCGCUUAGCGUCCGGAUUGGGGCCCUCUCGUUCUGGUCUGCUAACAAAGUCACAGAAGGUCCUUGCUGUGUGGGUGGCGAAGACUUGCGGUGUAAGAAGCGACUCGAGAUGGCGACUGACAAGGAGAUCGGUCCGUCUUCUGCGUCAGCAUCACCGGAUGAAAGUGACUCGGGUUUUGAUGCCAGGAAAAGUCGCACCAGUCUGGAGGACUUUACGGUUUGUUUUAAGCCAAAAAAACAAAAGAGAAAAAGAGUAUCGACAACAUGGAUCGAAGACUGUCAUUACUUUUUGUCAAAAAGCAGUGACAAGAGACCUUCAAUUGUUAUGACCAAUGUGCAACUGGGUGACAGGGAAGCAAUCUGUGGAAUUGUAUCAAAAUUGGGUCGGUUUCAAGUGGAAGACGAUGUGACAGAACGAACAACGCACCUCAUUUGUGGAGAAAAGCUGAGGACCCUCAACCUGCUCUUUGCCAUGGCAAAGGGAUGUUGGAUCCUUCCUACAAAGUGGGUGUACCGGUCUCUGGAAUCUGGGUACUGGCUUGACGAAGAUCCCUUUGAGCUGUCAGACAUGUUUCCUGCUGUUCGAUUGAGCAGACUGGAUCGGCAGAAGGCCAAGAAGAAACGGAACAAGAAAGGCCUGCUCACUGGAAUGGGCAGCUUCUAUGUGUCCCACAAAAGCUCCCCUCCGCACAGCAAAAUGUGUGCCCUCAUCAAAAUUCUUGGUGGCGAGCUGACCUCUUACCAGCACUGCGAUGUUGCCCUGGGUCCCAUUGAACCAUCCAAGCGACUGCCUGGCAUCACUCAUGUCUCGGAAAAGUGGUUACUAGAUUCUGUAUCUGACUAUUCUGACCAGUUGUACACCAGAUACACGAGCGACUGACAGAUUCCACCGUACCUUCACCUUCACCUUGUGGUCUCAUGGACAAAGCAGUGGACUGCUGCUAUUGACAGAGGAUUGGCAGGGUUCCCACCUCUCCUUAAAGGGUAACUGCAAAGGAAAAAAAGGGUUUUCUUAAACAGCUUAUAUCGGACAAGCAUGUUACAAAACAAAUCUUCCGCGAAAAAAAAAUUUUUUCUAGCAAUAUUUACGCUGCAGGACAUAAUUUAGUCGGAAUCACUACUUUUCCACAUUUGAAACUCCCGCUCUUUAGACGCACGCGGUGUGGCUGCUAUAAGUCACUCCGUGACUUAUAGCAGCCACUACGUGACGUAUAAUACCAACUUUGUGGCGCACAAUUUAAAACUGACGAAAUAGCCACAAACUAAAAUCAGUCUCGCGCAAUAAAUAUUGCUGUAAAAAAUUUUGUUUUUGGCGGAAAAAUUGUUUUCUGACAUGCUUGUCCCAAUUAGGCUGUUUAAAAAUACACUUUUUUUUCUUUGCAGUUAAAACACUUCAAAAUUUGAAAUUGCCAUUCUCAGGGCCUUCGAAGUUUUUGAAUUUCAUUAAAGGGGGAAACUACCCAGAAAAAACUAUUUCUGCAAAAAACGGAUUUUGAAAAAAUGCCAUAUUUACAUCCACCAACAUCUAGAGAGUAUUCCCAGAAAGUUUCAUUAGCUUGCAUUGCUUAGUUAAUUUUUUAUUAAUUAUUUUUGGUCCAUUGCUGCUGAAGAAAAGAUAAGGGUUGGGCACUUUGCAUUUUUCUACAAUCCACUUUUUGCCAUAAAUUUCACUUUAGGAACACUAUUGUUUUCCUAUUACACAUUAGAAAAUUAUUUUUAGGUGGUUUUCUGGGAUAGAAUUUUGUGAGGAACAUGCCUGGCUGGUUAGUUUUUUUACUUUAACAUUCUUUUAUUCUAAAAAAAACAUUUUUAAAAAAGUGCAGACAUGAAAAUUUUUUGUAAAUCAUCUUAUGGAGUUAUAUUUAUGAAAUACAAUGCAAUAUAGCAAAAUAACUAGCUGGGUAUGUGCUAUGGGCAUUCCUAUAACUAUAUUUCACAUAAAAAUUGCACAUUUUUAUUUUAUUUUAAUACAAUAGUUUUCCUAAGCGAACACACUGACUUCCAUAUUGUAACACGUCUCAGAAUUGACAUAGGACAAUGAAAUUCGGCAGGGGUGGUCUUGCCAUUAAUAUAAACUUCCACUGCAAAUUUGAUUGAAAUCAGACAAGCGGUACUCCAAAACUUCAAUCUAGUGGACGAAAGAUUGGUAUAUCCUAAUUUGGCUUGUGUGUGUGUGUGUGUGUGUCCGACCUACGAUUUCAAAUUAUUUCCUUAAUUCCGAAACAAUUUCUACUAACUAAAAACUACUUCAGAAGAACAGUGCUCAUCACUGUUGAUUUAAAAUUAAUGGGAUCCAUGUUGUUUCAGGAGACUUUAAAAAUCUCAACAACGAAACCGUGCUUUUUUUUUUAUGGACAUUUCAUAUUGCACGAAUUGAAAAGUUUAGAGGAUACGGUCGAAGGAGCAGGUAGUGGACUCGGGGGCCUAGAUUCCCUGUGAAGUCUUCAUUGGAAACUCGCGAUAUCUGUAAAAAUAUUUUCUGAAAUGCUUCGCAUUCUGCUGGAGUUUUCUAACUUGAUGUUGUGCCAGCAUCAAGCCUUUUUUUUUAUGUCUACCCAAGUGUUCAUUAUUUUUCUUUAUGAUUUAAUCAUAUUUGUGAUUUAUUUUCAAGGGUUUACAUACUGAUAUUUGUCCUCAUACUGUAGUCUUCAACAUAGUUGAACACUGUUCUUGUAUGCAACUUUAGGACACAAUUUUAUGUUUGUGGUGCCUGAAGUAGUGACUGUUGAUAGAUCUCACUCCUAUCAGGCCACUUCUCUAAUUAUGCUAGAGUCACGAAGUUUCAGUCGUGUGUAUGUUUGCAUGCUUAAACAAUGAUUCUGGCUUUACUUUGGCAGCUGGUUUGCCAUCCAGCUUUGACAACUCUUUGGUUGAGAAAAUUUUACAUCUGUGCUGUCUGACAUGAUAUUAUGUAAGGGCCCAUUGCCACUUCUUUGAAUGAAUUGUAAUAAAUUUCUGCUUUUUCUAA